UGGAAAAUUAAAAGUGAAUUUCCGGAAUUCCGGGAAUUCAUGGAAAAAACUCAUCUAUGAAUAAACAAAGGCUGAGUGGUGUGCCGCAAGUGUUGCAGGCAUCGGCACAAAAUACAACAAGCAUUUUGAAGUUGAUUCCGUGAUCUCGUUACAAAGUCAACGUAGAAUCUGUCAGUGGCUUUGCAGUUCCAUAUUGAACUAUUAGCUCGACCACGAGACGACCAAGACUGACUUCAUAAUUCUGGAUCAUGUGAGAAAAUGCAGAGAAACGAACAUACAUACACAGAUGGUAUUGAUUGGGGCAACGUUUGACCAGCGAUAAAAGAUUUUGGAUGGGGCAGCAUUUGGUCAUGAUUAUAGACUGAAUAUCGGCUAGAAAAACCAUUACAUCAUCAACUAACUAAUUAUAUGAUCGUGGUUUGCAUAAGAGUUCGUAUUUAAACGGUUUACAGUUUGCGGCUCGAAUUGUACCUGUAUGCGACUCGCAUUGUACCAAAUACAACUAGGAUAACAGAAAUCGUUGUAUUAAGUUAGUAUUCAUAGCCAUCUGUGACAAAUCUCCAAAUAAUCUUCAUAAUUAAAAUGAACUUGACAUUAGAAAGUAAUGUUACACUCAGUGCUUUGCAUCCUACAGAGGUACCGCAAGCUUUGCGGUUUGUUUCUUUUACAGUUUGUAUUGCAGUAAUUACCCUUGGAGUUAUUGGAAAUGGUUUGGUUUUAAUGAUAUUUGGUUUAAAAUGGUCAAAUCUGAAAUCAUGGGAAAUUUUAUUGUUCAAUUUGGCUCUUGCUGACUUUUUAAACUCCACCGUUGUACCUGUUAAAACUAUUUUCGAUUUAUUGUACAUCAGCUUGUAUCACAUUGGUCACAAUGGUUGCAAGGUUAUUUCCUUUAUAGGUUUAACAAGCAUGACUGCGUCAGCUUUAAACUUACUUGCAGUAUCAAUAGAUCAAUUUAUCAGCAUAAAGUGGUUAAUAAACCAGAGACCACACAUAUGUAGUUUGUUAACAGUAACAUCUGUAUGGUUAGCAGCAGCAGGAUUAGGAUUUUUUUAUCUUAUUGAUAAAAAUAUUAAGCUGAAACUUCAUGCAGAUAAUGUUUAUACAUGCUUUAAUUCUAUGAAACAGAAUCACUACAUCAAAUUUUCUAUUACAGCUGUUUGCAUUCAGUGUUUUAUUCCAAUUUUACUGAUGACUAUUCUCUACUCAGCAGUUAUAUUAGAACUAAAAAAAAAAAAUGGGACUUUAAAUCAUAGACUACAACAAAAUAAAAAAGUAACAAAAAUGAUUUUCACGAUAGUGCUCAUCUUUUACAUUUGCUUUUUACCAGCAAAUAUUUUUUUUAUGUGGUAUUUGUUUUAUGGACAAAAUCAUCCGACGCAGAUUAUGAAAAGUAUUUAUGAUAUUCUGGCAUUGCUGCAAAUGUGCAACAGCAUUGUAAACCCAAUUAUAUACAGCAUAUUGCAUGCCUCUUUUAAAAAAGAUAUUGCUAAUGCUUUUUCCUUAUGCUGCAAUAAAAUACAUAAUUGGAGUACUAUGCAAAAUACCACUCAAUCAAUGCUUUCACGAAAUGACUCUCGUGGAGAACGACUGAUCUCAAACUCAAGUUUUGAUUCAAGAAAAACGCGAACAUCGUCAACUUUAUUUUAAUUUUGACAUAUGCCUAUAAAAAUAAUUGGAAACAUGACCACCAUUAUUAAAAAAACAUUUCCUAGAUUUUUUUGUGCGUUAAAGAUAAUAUUUUAUCUUAAAAAAUUGUUUAUUUGUAUGGGAGAAGGUUAAUAAAGGCAGUGUUAGUGUCAGUUA